AUGGUUGAUGCUACAGACAGAGCUUUACCAUUGAUCGUUGGUAAGGACACAGAAUCUGAAUGGAAGCGAGCGAAUGCAUUUCACACUAUCCUUUCGUUGUGCUCAACGGUUGCGAUGUCUGUACUGCUUGGACCGGAGUUCUCCAUGGACACAUCUCUCAUACAAACUAUUAUGAUGUACAAUACUGCGAUAAUGCCCAGCUGUGCCAAACGGACCAGCUAUCCUCGCAUCCUCCGGCCAUUUGUAUGGCGCCUUUCACCCCUCUGUCGUGCAGUGAAGUCAGAUCUAUUGAAGACAAAGAUAAAGCUGAUCCCAGAGAUAAAACACCGCAUCGAUAUCGCACGGUCGAAAAAAUGGUGGCUGGAGGAAGGCCCAAUGUCUCUCUUGGAUGGCCUCAUCGAGACAGCAUUCGAAAAAGGCUGUUUGAGUCGCAGUAGCGAUCGCGGGGAUGAUGAUCAGCAGGUAGCUUUAUUGGCCGAGGAGAUCAUAUUUUAUCACUUUGAACUAUCCAUGCCCGUUGUGUUCUUUAUUAUCUUCGCUGUGUACGUGAUUAUGAACAACAAGGAAUACUUGACUCCUCUCCGGGAGGAAAUUAGCGAGGCUUUAAAGCUGUCCGGGGGAAGCUUCACACUCGAUACACUGAAUCAUGCCCCAAAGUUGGCAAGCUUUGUCAAGGAGACAUGUCGUUUUUUCCGCCGCGUGAUGAAGCCAAUUCACCUAGAAUCGAUCAAUUUAUCUCUAAAGCCUGGCACCAUCAUUAUGGCACCUGGUAGAGAUGUCCAUCUUGACCCGGAUUAUUAUGACAACCCGACCACAUUCAACGGGUACCGCUUCUACGAUGCGAGUCGCGGAACCUGCACUCCGCAUAUAUCUACCACCUCCCCGACAUUCCUCACAUUCUCUCACGGAAUAAGUGCCUGUCCGGCACGGGUUCUUGCGACUCAAAUCACUCGAACUAUCUUUAUCAUGUUUCUUCUUAAGUUUGAUGUGGAACUCGCACAUGAAGAGAUGCCAGCGUACGGCUUCGCUAAUGGGCCAGCAUAUCUACCUAAUCCCUCGGUCAUGAUACGAGUAAGGCCCUGCCAGAAAGACGUCUUAGGAGUGUGA